AUGAAGAGACCAUACAUUUCCAAUGAAACUGGUUUUGGUAGCGCCCCAAGAAACUAUAUUUCAGAUAAAUUAAUUAAAACAGUAAAAGUUGGCAAAGCACUUUUAUUACAAACAAAAGAAUACGUCGAGGCUGAUAAUUUUAAAAAAGGUGUCAUUCUUGGUCAACAUUUCAAUAAUUUAUUUUAUAAAUUCAUUCAAGAACAAUGUAGUGGUGACAUUUACUGGGGUAGAAAGAAUAAUUGCCAUAACUAUGCAAGAUUUUGCUUAGAAUAUUUGCAUUUAUCAUGGCCUGAUUCUGUUGUAUAA